AUGCAGUCAGUAUUUGCGGAUCACCUCUCUAACGCUUGUUUCUCCCCUUCUUUUAUUUUUGUCAUCUGGCAGGGGGACCCCAUACCUGAAGACAUUUAUGAGAUUUUGGGUGGCAGCUCAGUGCGCUCCAUCAGCGACCUCCAGCGUGCCCUGCAGAUAGACUCCGUAGAGGAGGAUAGCUCAAGUGUGGACCUGAAUGCAACUCAGCACAGUCAAAACCCGGUGACCCUGUCUCGAAAGCAACGAAGCCUAGAUGCUCUGGCAGCAGCAGAGCCAGCUGUUCUCGCGGAGUGCAAGACGCGGGCGGUGGUCUUUGAAAUCUCCCGCAACAUGGUAGACAGCACCAAUGCCAACUUUGUGGUGUGGCCACCCUGUGUGGAGGUGCAGCGCUGCUCCGGGUGUUGCAACAACCGCAAUGUGCAGUGUCGCCCCAUGCAGAUUCGUGUCCGGCACGUCCAGGUGAACAAGAUAGAAUUUGUCCAGAGGAAGCCAAAAUUCAAAAAAGUUGUUGUACCUUUGGAGGACCAUGUUCAAUGUCGGUGUGAAGCGGUGUCCCGUCAGCCCCCCAGGAACAGCCGGCCAGGGCCACGUGAACAGAGACGCUUGUCACCGUCGUUCACCACAGCCGCUGUCUCACAGAGGCAGCGAGUACGCCGGCCGCCGGCACAGAAGAGGAAACAUAAGAAGUACAAGCAUGUCAACGAUAAGAAAGUGCUGAAAGAAAUCCUCAUAGCAUAGAAGUGCUGGCAGGAGAGAGAGAGAGCACAAGCCAGGUUAUUUAAUAUAUUUGCUGUAUUGCCCCCAUGGGGUCCUUGGAGUGAUAAUUUUUCCUCUUUUUCCAUCUGCCUCGACGUCUGAUUCAGACGGCAAUUGGUGCUUUCCUUUCCAUCAAUGGACCUUCUCCCACCAAAGCCUCUCCCUUCUUUCAUAUAUUAGCAUACUUUUAAAGUUUUACACACACACACAAAAAAGAACAAACAUGACACAUAUAUAUAUAUAUAUAUAUAUAUGAGAAAGGAACAAAGUACAAAUAAAACCAUGAACCCCGACAGCCGCAAACAUGCGACAAGAACAAGACAAUGCCUUCCCUGCUCCAGAGGACAGGAUGGAAAAUUUGAAAAGAAAAGUGAAUCCAGUAUCUUCUGAGGGGAGGAGAAAAACAAAUGGACAGAGGGCAGAAGGGGAAUAUUCUCCCUUUCCCUCAUGUUUCUGGUAAGGCUGUGGGGCCCAGCUGAGAUCAACACUUGCACUGGACCUACGUUGUGAAAACAGGUGUAUCUCAGAUUGCGAGCGGUGACCAAUGAUGGAAAAUGCACUAAGGACUUUUAUCACCCUACCUGGACAUCAGAUUUAUAUUUUUAACGUGCGUGCGUAUAUUUUAUUUUAAAAAAGAAAAACCAAAACCACUAAGGUAUACAACAUCUCGGGGAACAGAACAAAACAACAAAACAAAACAAGGAAACCAAAUGCAUUCCCCACCUCCCUUUCCUCUCCUGCUCCUGGUGCUGACUGGAAGGUGUUUGGAUCGUGGGGAAGGAGCGGAAGGAGCAGAAUGAGCAGACGGCAUCAGAAUUGUCUCCAUGCCCCCAGCCCCUACCAAGGGGAGCCAUCUUUGCACAUGCUGGUGGAGAAUUCAACUUUCCAGGCUCGGACUCAAAUAAUUUUUUUAAUUCGCUCUGUAUGUGUGCGCGUGUAUAUGUGUGUGUAUAUAUAUACGUGUGCGUGCGUGUGUGUAUGUGUAUUUAUACAUACAUCUAUAAAUAUAUAUAUAUAUAUAUGUUCGUCAAUGGAUUUCAUUCCCCAGUGACAGGAAGCUCCGAGGCACGUGCAUGCAUUGGCUUUGCUGGGCUGGCAGGAAAGCACACUGUUACUGCAGUGUGCCCAUGCGGUCCAUGGUGGGAUAGGCAGAGACAUCAUCUGAUCUCUCUUGCUGCCCUUUUCUCUCACUCUCCACCAACCCCCCAGCACAACUUCCUUGCAGGAGGCGAAGUGGCACCACAACAAGGCCAACAACAGCCAAACUUAGAAGCAUGACUUAAUCUCAGUGAGCUGUCCUUGCCUGCUCCGUAGUCCUGAAAGCAGAAUUGUGUUAUUCCUCUGAGGUUUUUAACCCCUUCACAGGUGUCCUGCACACCCUGCCUCCACUGCUUUCUUCUAGCCAGCGUCCCUGCAUCUCCCAUCAUUUCCCUCACAUUUUCCCUCUCAAAUUUCUUCUGGAUUUUUGCCUGUGGGUGUUCCCAGCCCACCUAGCUUGGAAGUUGGUCCAAGAUGUGGGCAGGUCUGUGUAGGUAUAGAGAAAGAAAUGAGGAUGGUCUUUGCAGUUGGCAGCAGCCGUCUGAGACAGAAACGAGCUCUCCUAAGUGAGGAGGACUUGCAGAAAAACUGGGGUUCAGUCAUAGAGUCCAUCCCAGGCCACUGCCAGCUCCAGAGAAGGGAGGAGGACUCUGUGGACAAGAGCUAUUUCUGCAGACCUAAUACAUGGUCACCAUUAGCAGAAAUGUUACGCAUAGUGGGAAUUUCCACUGUCACCUUUGAGUCCCAGUCUUGGAUUGUGCCAUGCUGGGCACUGCAGUUACACAUGAAGAAAAUGCCUGUCCAGAGCUGGCGUGGCCCCCUCCCUGCCUCCAGCCGCUUCUCCCCUCGCACAUACACGCACCCCUAUCGCAGGACAAAGCCCCGGAGGGAGACAGGGGAAGGAGGCAAAGCCGCAACCUGGGAGCUGUUACAAGUUGUGGAGGGACCCAGCCUUCACCUCCUCGAAGCCCAGAGCACUUAUACCACUGCCAAGGCGCCAUGUUGCUCCCUCCCUCCAUCCCCAAGACCUCAAGUCUUAAGACACUUCGUUUUUCUGUUCCAAAAUCUGUUUCCUUUGGUUUGUAAAGAUGGUGAGGUUUUAUAUUUUAAUUUUUGGGGGCUUUUUUUUAAAUGUAAGAUUAAUUU